AUGUCUGACAUAAAUGAUAAAAAUUUAGAGAUGGUUACGGAUGAUAGUAAAAGUAGUGCCAGUAACACUUUUGUAAGUGAACCAAAAGAGUCAAAUUCUAUAGAGGAUGUUCGAAAGAUUGAGGAUAAUAAAGAAGAAUCAAAAAGUACAGAAGAGAAUAGAAUAAGUAAGGAAAAGGGAGGUAAUCAACAUGAUAAUGAUGAUGAUGAUAAUGAUGGUGAUGGUGACGGUGAUGACAUUGAUGAUUUAUUUGGCGACGAAGAAGAGGAAGAGGAUGACGAAGGUGAUUUUGUUACUGGGAGAAGAAGAAACUUGGAUGUGGACGAUGAGGAAGAAAUGUAUACUAGAAAAUUUUAUGGUGAAGAUAUUAGCAACCUCUCUGGUCAAGAAGAUGAAGAUGAUAAAGCUCACUUCAAAGAACAAGAUGUGGAAUUAGUAAGACAUAUGGUUCCUUACAAAGUUACUCCAGAUAAUGAUUCCGAUAAAAUCAUAUAUUAUGCUAAAGUGCCUGCAUUUUUGAUGAUUGAUCCAAUUGCAUUUGAUCCACCUACUUUUGAAGAGAAAGUUAAGGAAAGAUUAUCAAAUUUCAGUUCUAGAGAGGAUCAAUUGGGAGAUUUAUUAAUAGAUGAAAAUACAGUGAGAUGGAGAUAUUCUCGUGAUUCUAAUCAAAAAGUCUUUAGAGAAUCAAACACACAAAUCGUUCAAUGGUCCGAUGGUUCGUAUUCUUUAAAGAUCGGUGAUGAAUAUAGCGAUAUUCUUGUCAAUGAUACAGAUAAUACAUUUUUAGCAGUGUCCCAUGAUGAACAAGAAUUGAUGCAAUGUGUUGAUGGUGGUGAAGUUAAAAAAACACUUAUGUUUAUCCCAACAUCCACCAAUUCUAAAGUACAUCAAAGAUUAAGUAGUGCAGUGGCAAGGAGAGUGCAAAGAGCAACUGCAGGACCAGGAACAUAUCUAAUAAAUGUUGACCCUGAGUUAGAAAAGAAUGAAUUGGAAAGGAAACAGCAACAAAUUAUCAGAGAAAGAAGAAGAAGGCAAAAUAAGGAAAAGGAAUUACUUGAUUCACCUGAUAAUACAUUUGGAUCAAACAGAAAUUUAUUCAAUAAACGUGAUGAUAGUACAUCAGCGUCAUUAUAUGGAUCCAAAUCAAGGAGAUCUAGGGGUGAUGAAUAUGAAGAAGAUGAUUUUCUAGUGGACGAUGACGAAGACGAAGAAUUUGAUAGUAAUCAAGAUGAAGAGGAGGAGGAGGAGGAAGAGGAAGAGGAUUAUGAUAAUGAUGAUGAUGCAGCUGAAGAGGAAGAAGAGAAAGCUAGGGCUGCAAGAUUAAAGGAAUCCAAGAGGAGUGAGUCCAUGAUAUAUGCAGACUCUCAGUCGGAAGAAGAGUCUCAAAAAAGACGUAAAGUUGCAGUUAUUAGUGAUGAUGAUGAUGAAUAA